AUGAAUUUUCGCUCAGAUUUGGCUAGCCUGCUUUUUCGACUGAAAUUUCGGCUUGCCUGCUCCACAAGUUCAAAUCCAUAUACGGAGUUCAUGUCGCCCUAUUCGGUCCUCAUGCCCGUUGUUCCCACGAAAUCAUGCAUACCUUCUAGCUGCUAUCUCCCGGAUGACGCUUCCACAAUAAAUGGGAAUCCUUUCACCCAUUCCACGGAGAUGUCGGCCUCAGAUACUCCUGUCCUUUCAGCUUUUCACACCAGGUGCAGUUUCAGGCUUGCACUUCAAGGCGUCCAACGCUCGUUCACGAAAAAGCUGGUCCCUCUGUCAAACUCUCUCUCUUACCGCUCACAGUGUCAAACCUUAGGCCUCGAGCCACUAUGGUUUAGACGGUUUAAGAGGAGUCUAACUCUCCUACACCGCCUGCCGCAUAAAAGUGCCUUUAUAGCAGAGGCUGGACCAAAAGUGAACCCACGUCCUCGCUACCGAUUCCGUAACUCCUGCAAACUUUUUGUGUCCCCCCAGCUAGUACAACUACACGCCACUACUUCUUUCUAUCAAGCCCAUUUCGUCAACCAGACAAAGAACAUACCCACCUGCUUCUCUCGAAACUGGUCACGAAGGCCUUCACCAUGCACCACUUAUAGAUUAAGGCUAAUAAUAGCAAUGCUGCACUCAUCCUAUUUCUUCCUCAUUCCCCUUCCUCCCAGGCUUCAAACUUCGGCUGCAGUUGCCCAAACACUCCGUACAACCUUUAUUCAUUCAACCUGGCUGGUACUUGGCCCACAUUUACAUGGUCCCUCAAAUGAAGGGAAAGUAUCCGUGACCCUGCAUCGUCCUCACUCCAUCUGGUACAGCCGCCAUGGAAAUACGUAUCCUCUGUCCGACUGCAGCACCCAUGACGACCGUUAUGCGGCUAGACGUAAACCGAAGUAUGUCAGUGCAGUGAUGGCACUGCACUUCCAUACCCAGUGUAGUGGCACUCCCGCGACUGUUUUAUUCAGAGGCUCGACUACAACCUCUCGCCCCCUUGAGCCUUUCGAUUUCAUACAUAGUUUUCGUUUGGCCCUAUGCAUUAGCAAUAUCUCCCCGUCGAAAGUAUCCCUUGCACUGGCCUCCCUACAACGGUGGCGCCAGAAAACUCCUGGACAUUUCACGGCAGCAGAACUUGGCACGUUGGGCUUUGUUAUCGGACGAAACACUCCGAGCAAAGUAGGCUUGGCGUACACUUCUUCGGCUCUCUUAGUUGGAGUCCCACAAGGAACCGUUUUGGGAUUGCAUCUGGUUCUCAUCUACGUUAACGAUCUUCCGGAAGUCCGUUCAAGUUCACGUCAACUUUUUUGCGGGCGACUUGAAAUCCUGGAUUUCUAA